UCAUGACACGGCUCAUUUUAUUUCACUUGCAUCCAGACAGCAAAUAUACUUAACUAUGACUAAAUAGCAUUACUCCCAUCUAGCAUAUAUGUGUGACAGCCACGGAUACAUCACUUAUCAAACUUUUCCAAAUGAUCUCUGUCCACUAUUUCCACAUACCAGAACAUAAAUGUCAAGGUCACUCAAUCUUGCUUUAUAUAAUUACAUAAUCAAACUUGGCUUUAGAAAUUUUAGGGAAAAAAAGAAAAUUACUCACUCACUUCACAGACAGGACUUACAAAUACUGAGGCAUAACCAGUUCUUUCCUCUAGAAGAAUCAAUGCUUUAAAGGAGAAACAAUGGCAUACAGAGCUGUGUCUCACCUGGUGAGACGGGCAGGUAGACUGAGGGGAGUUUGUCCAGAUAUUGUCUUCAAGACUAGCAGAACUGCAGCAAUAAAUCAAGGUUUGUCUAGGUCAUAUACCAGUCAGACAGAUGUAUUAGAGCAACGUGCAAACCUUCGACACAGAGCUACAGUGAAGAGUGUCCGGACACGUCAGUCAGUCGUACAUAACAAAAAGGCAUCCCUAGUUAUUUUCGAUAAAGAUGGAACUCUCAUUUGCUUCCAUUCUAUGUGGUAUCCAUGGCUGAAAAAAUUCAGUGCCAGAUUGUGUGCAGCUACUGGGCUGGAGCUUGAAGAGAAAAUAAAUGAUCUGCUGGGAUACUGUUCUAUCAGUAAGAAGUUUAAUCCUGGCUUAUUGGCGGAGUCUACCAAACCUAUUAUACAGGAAGAGCUCACAAGCUUCCUUCAGGAACAUGGGUUUGAGCGGGAAGAGGCGAGGAAAAUCGUCCUGGAUAUCUGGGAGGAAGGCGAUUCAAGUAGUACAGAAACUCUCAAAUCUUUAGCAAAUCUAACAACUUUGUUCAAGAUUCUCAAAUCCAAUGGAGUUAAAAUAGCUAUAUCAACUUCUGAUUCAAGAGAAGGAACUAUGGACACUUUGAAAGAGUUGGAUUUAGGAAAAUAUAUUGAUGCGGUUGUCUGUGGAGAUGACGAAGAUACUGAACCAAAGCCAAGUCCGUACUCGGCCUUCAAGAUCUGCAAAAAGCUUGGCGUUGAUCCGGCCGACACAGUCAUGGUUGGCGAUACUCAGGCUGAUGUUGGUAUGGGGAAGGCGGCAAAUAUAGGCUGGAAUGUUGGUGUCCUUAGUGGUGUUGGUAAUAGCGGAGAUCUUUUACCAGAAGCAGAUCAUGUGAUACAUAGCGUUAAAGAUCUUUUACCGCUGAUCCUUCCGGGGACAGAAUGGCAGCAAUACUAUAGAUACAGUCCUGCAGAAAGAAUUAUGGUGGAACCACAUCACUUGGAGGAGGGUCAGUGCCAGUUGAGAGGGGCAGAGACUGUUGUCAAGGAUGGGGUGGAGCUUGUUAUAUUUGAUCUUCAUGGUACCCUGUUGUGUACACAUAGUAGAUAUAGCGAGUGGCUAGAUACUCUCUGCACAAGAAUGGAACAAAUCACAGGCUUACAACUGAAGGAGGUCCUACAUGAAACUCUUGGAGUGUGCACAGAUUCAAAGAAAGUUAAAAUGGGCAUUCUAGGGGAUGGUACUCUAACACAGGUGAAAUCCAAGCUGACUGAAGUACUACUGAAAAAUGGCCUCAUGUAUGAAGAGUCGAUGCUUGUUGUUAACCAGACAUGGAAGGAGUGCAAUCAUUUACUGGAAUCAAAUACUAAAUCGAGUGAUAAAGAUGUUAAAGAAUUGUUCAAGAGCUUGAAACGUAAUAACGUGAAAAUUGCUGUGAACACAACUGACUGUAGAGAAUAUGCACUUUCAGACUUAGAUUCCUUAGGACUUUUGAAAUAUGUAGAUAUAAUGGUGUGCGGAGAUGACCCAAUUUCUCAACCAAAACCAUCACCGCAUAAUGCUCUUUUGAUAUGCAAUGAGUUUAAUGUAAAACCUGAUCAAACUGUGAUAGUUGGUGAUUCAUUAACAGACAUACAAAUGGCAGAAAAUGCUGAAGUGUUGAAAAAAAUAGGUGUUCUGACUGGUAUAGGGGACAAAGAAACAUUAGAAAAGCAUGCUGAUUAUGUCGUACCGUCAGUAGGCUAUGUAAGAAAUUACCUGUUUGACAGUGUUGGUGAAAGUCCGCAAAAAACGCAACGUCGAGCAUUUAGCACUCAGUCAAAUUUUAAAAAACUGGGAUUUCUAAAAUCUGCAGUUAACAUGCUAGGUGGACAAAAACAAAAUUUCAGUACAACUUCAUCACUGAAUGUUAGUGUAUCAUCAGACAUUCCUUCAUAUGAUUAUAUAGUGGUAGGGGCCGGUUCAGCUGGCUGUGUUUUGGCUAACAGGUUAACAGAGAGUGGUCAAGAUAAAGUUUUGUUAAUGGAAGCGGGACCCAAAGAUUUUUCCUGGAAGAUCUGGAUGCCGGCGGCGCUCAUGUAUAAUUUGUGUGAUGAUAAAUAUAACUGGUACUACCAUACCGAGCCGGAGCCAGCCAUGAACAACCGUGUAAUGUACUGGCCACGUGGACGUGUUUGGGGAGGAUCAUCAUCUCUCAAUGCCAUGGUCUACAUUCGUGGUCACGCAUUUGAUUAUGAUCGUUGGGAAAAGGAGGGAGCCACAAACUGGUCUUAUGCAAAUUGUUUGCCGUACUUCAAAAAGUCACAGACCCAUGAGUUAGGUGAGGAUGACUAUCGAGGCGGAAGUGGUCCGUUGCAUGUAUCCCGUGGUAUAACAAACAAUCCACUUCAUCAUGCCUUUAUUAAAGCCGGUCAAGAAGCUGGUUACCCUUUUACUGAUGAUAUGAAUGGGUACCAGCAAGAAGGUGUAGGCUGGAUGGACAUGACCAUACAUAAAGGUAUGAGAUGGAGCGCCGCAGCGGGGUACUUACAUCCAAUCAGGAAGACGAGAACAAAUUUAGAAACAAAGGUUAAAGUCUUGACAACCAAAGUACUUUUCGAUAAAAACAAGGCUGUAGGAAUUGAAUAUGAAGAGAAUGGUGAAAUAAAAAGAGCUAUGGCAAAUAAAGAAGUUAUCCUUAGUAGUGGUGCAAUAAACUCUCCACAGCUUUUGAUGUUGUCUGGUGUAGGAAAUGCGGAUGAUUUAAUAAAGUUGGACAUACCAGUUGUUGCAAAUCUGCCUGGAGUGGGCGAAAACCUGCAAGACCAUUUAGAAAUGUAUAUUCAAUAUAAAUGCUUGAAGCCUAUCACCCUUUACAUAGCCCAGUGGAAGUUUCCACAUCACAUGAUUAGAAUUGGCCUCCAAUGGUUUCUGACUCGCACAGGCUGGGGAGCAACUGCUCAUCUCGAAUCUGGUGGGUUUAUCCGCAGUCAACCUGGUGUCGAACAUCCGGAUCUUCAGAUCCAUUUUCUGCCGUCUGUUGUUAACGACCACGGGAGGAAAACUGGAGAGUGUCAUGCUUUCCAGUUUCAUAUAGGUUCAAUGCGGCCAACCAGUAAGGGAUACCUUAAACUGAAGACAAACAAUCCAAGGGACCAUCCUAAAAUUGUCGCCAAUUAUCUCACUACUGAAGGUGAUAUGCAAGAAAUGAGAGAUGCUAUAACAUUGACUAGAGAAAUGUUUGCACAGAAAGCAUUUGACGAGUUCAGAGGUGAAGAACUUCAACCAGGACCACAGGUUCAGACCCAGGAGCAAAUGGACGAGUUCAUACGUAACGUAGCAGACAGUGCUUAUCAUCCUUCAUGUACGUGCAAAAUGGGCCAAUCCAGUGACCCAAUGGCUGUUGUCGACCCAGAAACAAAAGUUAUUGGUCUUGAAAAUUUGCGGGUAGUGGAUGCGUCCAUCAUGCCAAGCAUUGUUAGCGGAAACCUGAACGGACCAACAAUAAUGUUAGCAGAAAAAGCUGCAGAUAUUAUACGUGGAGUUCAAGCAUUGCCGAAAUCCAAUGCCCCAGUUUACCGACCUAAAACAUUGGACACUCAAAGAUAAUUUUGCAGUUAGUUAUAUGCUGCUAUUUACAGCUAUCUCUUAUUAGUUUCUUUCUGUAGUACUGGUCACCUGAAUGACAAGUUAAUCUACAUAACAAAUUUCCAAAUCUACUGUUUGAUCCACCUUUUCCCUAACAUGGUUUUUCCUUGAUUUCUGUUUAAAUUCUGGUAAUAACAUUCUUAUUAUGCAUCAUUUGAAAGAACUCUGGAGUCUUCGAUUUCCAAAAUAUUUUGAUGAGUUUUGAAUUUAUGGCAAAAAUAGUAUUUUCAGUUGUAAAUUUCAGCCAUUUUUGGCUCGUACUUUUAUCUCAAUUUUGACUUUAUUUGUUGAAAUAGAUUGGGUAGCUCAUACUUUUAUCUCAAUUUUGACUUUAUUUGUUGAAAUGGAUUGGGUAGAUCAAACUGUUAGUGUCUUAUGUUGCAUUUUAUUUGAAAUUCGGUGCAUUUUUUAUGCCCCUGGUGUAAAACCCAAAGAAGCAUAUAGUGUUUGAACUGUCCAUCAAUCAGUCUGUCACUCUUUCGUACUCGUCUCCUUCUACAGUUUUCACCAAAUUGAAUGUAACUUGUUAUACAUUAUCAGCAUUAAGCAGAUAUAUGUAUAUUAUCUGUACUUUCACAUCUAAUUUUGUUUUUCAGGAGUUAUGGCCCCUUUUUUGGAUUUUGAAAUAUUAAUACCUGCUACAGUUUCCAUCCAAUUGAAAUUAAACUUAGUGUACCUUAUCAACAUGAGGUGGACAUUCAAAUAUUGCAUAUUAUCCAGACUUUUUUCCUGUGGUUUUUCUGGAAUUAAGGCCCUGCUGUGGACUUUAUUUAUUAUUCUGUGAAACAUUUUAAGGGGGCAUGUGUCGUACUUUGUUGACAUCUUGCUUAUUUAUAACUUUACGAGGUAAGGUAAAAGUUUACCUUAUUGUUGUUGACUUUAAUACUAAAUGAUGUUUUCUUUGUAAUAGUUAUUAUUGAUAGCAAAACAUUCCUGUAUACUUGCAGCUUUCUUUAAAAUGCCAAGCUGAGAUGUUCAUGAAAUGGACAAACUUUGAAAAGCAGUCUUGAUAUAAAUUUGAAGGCAACAAACUAAGCAAGUAUUAAUAAAUUCCUAGAAGUAAACUAACAUUUUAUAAUACAUACAAUGACAAGUAUCUUUUUUUCUGUUGAAUUACUAAUGUUACAGUAUUGAAAAUAGUUUAUUAGAGGUAAAUGUUUGUAUUUCAGAAUAUCAUUUCAGUUUAUGUUGCUUUGAGGUUAUUUGCCCUGGCUGCUUGUAAAAUCAUCACACAAGUUAAAUAGCAGAACUCUCUAACAUUCAGAUUUAACUAAUAUUUCAUGGAUCUUACUGUGAAAAGAAGGCUCAUUUACAGCCAUUUUGGUAAUAUUGGCCAGAGACUUAAUUUUUGCGUUUAGAGCAAUACACAAGGAAAGUUUUGUUGAUAAUAAGACAAAUAAUUGUCUUCAGUAGAGGUAACAGCUAUAUAGCAUUGAUUUCUUAAUAUCCCAUAUAAGUUCGUUUUUAGCUCGACUAUUCGAAGAAUAAGUAGAGCUAUCCUACUCACCACGGCGUCGGCGUCACACCUUGGUUAAGUUUUUCGUACCAGUCCACAUUUUGACAAAGUCUUUUGAGAUAAAGCUUUGAAACUUUCAACACUUGCUUACCAUCAUCAUGGCCAGUUAUAGGCAAGAGCACAUAACUCCAUCAAGGAUUUUGGCUGAAUUAUGGCCCCUUUUGACUUAGAAAUCAUGGUUAAGUUUUCCGUACCAGUUCAUAUUUUGACAAAGUCUUUUAAGAUAAAGCUUUGAAACUUUCAACACUUGUUUACCAUCACCAUUGCCAGUUAUAGGCAAGAGAAGAUAACUCCAUCAGGGAUUUUGGCUGAAUUAUGGCCCCUUUUGACUUAGAAAUCUUGGUUAAGUUUUUCGUACCAGUCCAUAUUUAGACAAAGUCUUUUGAGAUAAAGCUUUGAAACUUUCAACACUUGUUUACCAUCACCAUGUCCAGUUUUAGGCAAGAGCACAUAACUCCAUCAAGGAUUUUGGCUGAAUUAUGGCCCUUUUUGACUUAGAAAUCUGGGUUAAUAUUUCGUACCAGUUCAUAUUUUGACAAAGUCUUUUGAGAUAAAGCUUUGAAACUUUCAACACCUGUUUACCAUCACCAUGUCCAGUUAUAGGCAAGAGUACAUAACUCCAUCAAGGAUUUUGGCUGAAUUAUGGCCCCUUUUGACUUAGAAAUCUUGGUUAAGUUUUUCGUACCAGUUCAUAUUUUUUGUAAAGUGUUUGACAUAUGGCUUUGAAACUUUUAUCAAUUGUUAAGUAUAAUAGUUUUUAUCUGUAGGAAAGAGAACAUAACUCUGUCACCUAUUUUUGCAGAAUUAUGGCCCUUUUUGGACUUUGAAAUUGGUUCUGUUUUCAUACAAGUCCAUGUUUUGUCAAAACUAUUUGACAUAUGGCUUUUAAACUUUGAACACUUGUUUAUCAUUAUGAUUUCCAUCUGUAGGCAAGAGUACAUAACUAUUUUGACUGAAUUAUGGCCCUUUUUGGACUUUGAAAUUGGCUCAUAUAUUGCCAUUUAGUGCAAGACUUAUUGAAAUCAAAGUAAUACAGGAACAUUGUUCGUCUAAUCUAUUUAUUUCUUUUGUCUGAAUAUCCGUGGAAAUAUUUUGACCCCAUUCUUCAAUCAAUUCUUCGAAUAGUCGAGCGCACUGUCAUCAGACAGCUCUUGUAUUUAUUACAAAAUGAAAAUAACAAAAAAUAUCUCAAUUUACAAUAUACAAUUGUACUAUGUUACAAAGAAAGUGCAAAUUUAUCAGUUCUAAUGAUGUUGAAUUUUUUAACAAAAAACUGAAUAUGUGUUUUAAUAGUGUAAGCUGCAUCCAUUUUACCUUUGUGCUCUUCAGUUUGAUGAAAUUAAUGCAGUACAUGUACAUUUAGAUAUAAAUGUUUUGCUCUCUGUUGUUGUAAUAUUUGCUACUAGGUUUGUUUUUGUUUUUUUGUUUUUGGUUUAACGUCGCACCGACACAAUUUAGGUCAUAUGGCGACAUUCCAGCUUUGAUGGUGGAGGAAGACCCCAGGUGCCCCUCCGUGCAUUAUUUCAUCACGAGCGGGUACCUGGGUAGAACCACCGACCUUCCGUAAGCCAGCUGGAUGGCUUCCUCACAUGAAGAAUUCGACGCCCCGAGUGAGGCUCGAACCCACAUCGAUGAGGGGCAAGUGAUUUGAAGUCAGCUACUAGGUUUGAUACGAGGAAAGAUUAGAUAGAUAGCAUAGAUAAUGACAGACUUUUAUUUCUGGUACUUCAUUUCCC